UGAAGGUUCUCAGUGUCAGAACACAAAACCAAGACACUAGAAUCUCUAUCUAAGGGAGAGAGAGAGAGAGAGAGAGAGAGAGUUGUUUUUGGCUGUCAUUUUUCUUUUUAUUUUAUAGUUUUUGUCUGUGAAGUUGUUUUUAUGUGGGUGUUUUUAAAGUUCUUGAAAUGGUGAGAUAAUGAAGUGGUUGACUCUCUGUUUGACUUCUUCUUCAGCUCUGUAUUGUAUAUGGAUUUGUUGAGAGAUUUUGAGUUUCCAAUCUUCCAUGGACAAGAACAAGGAAUAAACCAUUUUGUUGUGUUGUUGUUGAUCACAGUUGAAGAAGUAGACAACAACAAACACAAACCAUGUUAACAACCACCACACAAAAACAAUACCCAAACAUGGCUUCUUUCACAUCUCAUCAUCAAACACAUCCAAUCCUUUUCACAAUUAUUGCUUUCCUUCUUGUCUUCUUUUCACUUAGCCCCGUCUUCUCGCUAUCCGUCAGCGUCAUGUCAGAUUCCGGCCACCACCGCACACCGGCCAACCAAACUUUCUGGCCACAUAAAGAGUUGGAGAGGUUGAAGAGAAUAAGAGCUUAUCUCAGGAAGAUCAACAAGCCUGCUGUCAAGACUAUUCAGAGUCCUGAUGGUGAUAUGAUAGAUUGUGUUUCAUCACAUCUUCAACCAGCUUUCGAUCAUCCUCAACUAAGAGAGCAGAAGCCAUUGGAAGCACCAGAAAGGCCAAAAGGUUGGGACUCCGUAGAAGCAGUAACAGAGAGCUUUCAGCCCUGGACAAAUUCAGGUCAAUCAUGCCCAGAAGGAACCAUUCCAAUCAGAAGAACUACAGAAACAGAUGUUCUAAGAGCUAAUUCAAUUAAAAAAUUUGGAAGAAAAUUGCCAAGAGUGAGGCACGACACAAUGAGCAGUGAUCAUGAGCAUGCAGUUGCAUAUGUGAAUGGAGAAGAGUACUAUGGAGCAAAAGCAAGCAUAAAUGUGUGGGCACCAUCUGUAACUGAUCAGUACGAAUUCAGUCUCUCACAGCUGUGGGUCAUCUCCGGCACUUUCGGCAAUGAUCUUAAUACCAUUGAAGCCGGUUGGCAGGUUAGCCCACAAUUAUAUGGGGACAACUACCCUAGGUUCUUCACUUAUUGGACAAGUGAUGCAUACCAAUCUACUGGAUGCUACAACUUACUCUGCUCAGGCUUUGUCCAAAUCAACAAUAAGAUUGCUAUUGGAGCCGCAAUCUCUCCAAGAUCCUCCUACAGUGGUACACAAUUUGAUAUUGGCAUUACUGUUUGGAAGGAUCCAAAGCAUGGACAUUGGUGGCUCCAAUUCGGGCCAGGUCUACUAGUUGGGUACUGGCCAUCAUUCUUGUUCAGUCACUUGAGAAGCCAUGCGAGCAUGGUACAGUUUGGAGGAGAAAUAGUGAACACCAGAUCUUCAUUGGGAGGAGGUAGUAGAAGUCACACAUCAACACAAAUGGGGAGUGGUCAUUUUGCUGAUGAAGGAUUUGGGAAAGCAUCUUACUUCAGGAACUUGCAAGUAGUUGAUUGGGAUAAUAACCUCAUUCCUCUAUCAAACCUUCAUUUUCUUGCUGAUCAUCCUACCUGUUAUGAUAUUAGAGCUGGUACAAACACACUUUGGGGAGAUUACUUCUAUUUUGGAGGCCCCGGUAGGAAUAUCAGAUGUCCCUAAGAUUACGUUUGGAUCUUAGAUUUGUGGACUUAGAAAGGAAAAAACAAAAAAAGAGAAGAAAUACUUGAUGUUUUUUUUUUUUUUCCUCUUUAUUUUUUUCCACAAAUCCAAGAUUCAAACAUAGUCUAAAGAAAUUAGUACAAAUUAGUACACAGUAUAGAAUGCCUCUCGCUUUUUUCUUUCUGUGCUUCUCUUUCAAUUCUAUUUUCUUUUUUCUUUUCCAUGUUCUCAUCAUCCUGGGUAAUUUUUGUUUUAGAAAAUGUCCCUGUUCUUUUUCAUUUUCUAACAAGCAACUUGUCACUUGCCCUAGUUUUGAGAUUUGAGGCUUGUAAGAAAUUAAGAAAGUAGUUGUAAAUUAGUGAAGUACAAAUGAGAACUAUGCCCCAACGUAAUGCAAAUUAGUUGGGAAAAAGGUUGAGAUUCCUUUUUUUCUUGAUCCCUAUCA